AUGUCUAUUUUGCAAGAAUCCGGAGUUGUUAUGUUGUUGCAGAGAGCCGUUGAACUGGACAACUUGGGAAAAUACAAGGAAGCAUUGCCAUGUUAUGAAAAUGGCUUAGAAUUAAUGUUGAAAGUUAUGAAGGAUACUAGUGAUGAAUCAAUGAAAAUAUCUUUGCGGGAGAAAUUUGAACAGUACAUGGGCAGAGCUGAAUUGCUCAAGAAACUACUUAAAAAAGAUAAUAAUUACCAAUCUGAGGUCAUUCAGAUUCAAUGUGAUUCAACUGGGCACAGUUAUGAACAGGUAUUUGGGAGGUAUUUGGAUGAAAGGGUGACAGAGGUUGAAGUCAUCGACCCUUACAUUAGGAGCAACCAUCAGGUUGCCAACUUUGUUAGGCUGUGUGAAUUGUUGGUGAAAAGCACUCAAAUUAAAAGAAUUUCACUUACAACUGGGAAAGAAUUGGACCAAGGUGCGGCCCAUGCUCAAAUGAUAAAAUUGUCAGAAUUGAAAGAAAGUUUGUUAAGGAGAAAUAUUAAACUGGAUGUAGAGUAUUCACAAACGUUACACGACCGUGAAAUAAGACUGAAUAAUGGUUGGACAAUUAAGAUUGGACGGGGCUUGGAUUACUUCAAAGCAGCAGAGAGCAAGUUCAGCAUAGGAAUGUAUGAUAUGAAUCUUAGAACAUGCCAUGAAACAACUGUUAACAUAUUCCACGUUAAUAGCGUUGCCAAAACGUGA